CUAGGAGUUAGGCGUAUAUAAGGCAGCCCAGCCCGGUCCAAGUCAGUCAUUCACCGGACUACCAGCCCACCACACACAAACCAAACAUGAAGGCCUUUAUCGUAUUCGCCUGCCUGGCUGUUGCCACGGCCCGCGCUGGUAUCGCGCACGGAGGUUACGGUGGCCACGGAGGUUACGGAGGCGGUUACGCCGCUGCCGGUCACGGAGGAGCGGGACUGAGCGGUGGACUCGCCGCCGGUGCCGGAACCGCCCACUCCCUUCAGGGUGGUGCCUCCAGUCUGGGAUCGGGAGGUCUUGGCGCUAGCUACGCUGCCGGUGCAGCCUCGGCUGCCGGUGCCGCUGGCGUUCAGCAAAUCGUCUCCGGUGGAGUUCUUGGUGGACGGGCUGACAUUGGACCCGCUGAGGGACCUAAGGCCAACGUAGGACCCCAGAGCGGCCCAUCCGACCUGGUUGGACCCCAAGAGGGAGCUAAAUCCGUAGGUGGACCACGUACCGGACCAUCCAGCCUCGUUGGACCAGCUGCUGGACCAUCGACCCUCGUAGGACCCUCCCAAGGAACUGCCACCCUCGUUGGCCCGUCCCAGGCCACCGCUAACCUCGUCGGACCCAGCUACGGUGGCGUUGCCUUCUAUGCUGGCUCUGGUGGCAUCAACGGUGAUGACGGCAGCUCCGGCUCCGCUGCUGCUGCUGCACCCGGCGGUCUUGGUGGUGCCGGUUUCGGAGGUGGUGCUGGUGCCAUCGCUGUGAUUGGAGGUGGCCCAGGAAUUAGCGGCGGAAUUGGCGGACACGACGCCGGAGUCGCUGUGAUCAACGGACCUAGCGGCGCCAUCCACGCUGGUCUUGGCUCCCACGGAGCUAUCAUCCCCGGCCCCAUCCAUGGAAAGUGGUAGACGGUCCUAGACCACAGCGAUCUCGGCUCGGCGACGGCGGCACACCCACCAUAGUCUUAUCGGUCAACGAUCCUCAGCGCGCUCUCUACUUAUCUACACGACUAUCUCUUCAACUUCUUUUCUUCCAUCAGCCUGAGCUUCCUCCGGGCGCCUCGGCCUCAAUCAGCCCGCGGCCCCCGAUCCGUGCUUUAUUAGUCAGACGGAUAAGGGGUUGGCGGGCGGCGCUAGGACCAGCAGACAACGCGGCUCGGUCACUCGGACCGUACGGACGCAACAACGCGCGUCUUGUAAAGUUCAGCGAGCGAGACGAUUGGAGGAGAGAAGACCCGAGGAGGCGAUGAGUGUACGCUCACGUGGGAGCUCGAGGCCCGACGAGGACGCACAAACACAAUAAACACUUAGUCAAUUGCCAAGUUCAGUCCCGUCGACUCGGGAGUCUUCUGCUUUAUGGAAAUUCAGACGCGCCGGUCCCCCAAGUGUUAUUUGAAGAGAUUCAAGGCGUAAGCCACGGGCCUUGUUGUUAGCUGGACGAGCCUCGGGUGUACUUUUACAACAUCCGCGUGCGCGCAAUCGCACGCCCACACCCCCAUACGCUCUCGCGCAGACGACCGUAAAGAGAAGAAGAAUACGAAAA